GUUCUGUGCUCUCACACUGAAACACAGGAAAACCUUCAUUCAUAACAUUUGUUCGUUGACUCACUUGUCUAAAUAGUUAUGUGAUGUGGACAAUGACACUGAAAGAAUUUAGACCUCUAAAUGGCUCACACAUCUGAAGCCCUCUGCUGCUCCCAGUCAUGAGCUAAGCCCAUGCCAACCUGGGCAUCCCUUGCAGGAUGACUGCUGUCUGCCCCUCCGAGAGCAGCCCAGAAGGGGCUGAAGCUGGGGCCGGGACGGCAGGCUCCAGGGGGUCGGGGGCAGCGGGCACCGCUGGGAGCAUCGCUGUUUCUGGGGCAGAGACCGCGGAGUCUAAUGUAGAUUCUGUCGGAGGUUCCGUCGUAGGCACAGCUGUGGUCAGUGGUGGCCAGCGGUAUAUCCGCUGGAGCCAACAGGACAGCUCAGACAUCAACACAGACGACGAGGGAGCCACCAUCCGCCGCCUCACCCCGCUGGAAAGGCUGAACCUGGAUAUGUGCCAGGAUGAAAGGGUGGUCCGUGAGCUAACGGUGGGCCGAAGGAUCGGCUUCUACAAAAUUCGAGGAGAGAUCGGCUGUGGGAACUUCUCCCAUGUCAAGCUCGGAAUUCAUGCCCUCACCAAAGACAAAGUGGCCAUAAAGAUCCUCGACAAAACCAAGCUGGAUCAGAAGACCCAGAGGCUGCUGUCCAGAGAGAUCUCCAGCAUGGAGAAACUGCACCAUCCCAACAUCAUACGCCUCUAUGAGGUGGUGGAGACGCUGUCGCGGUUGCAUUUGGUGAUGGAGUACGCAGGAGGAGGAGAGCUCUACACCAAGAUUACUACAGAGGGGAAACUCUCUGAUACCGAAAGCAAGAUUGUCUUCGCUCAGAUCCUCUCUGCUGUUAAACACAUGCAUGAAAACAACAUCAUCCACCGCGACCUGAAGGCAGAAAACGUCUUCUACACCAGCAGCUCUUGCGUCAAGGUGGGGGACUUUGGCUUUAGCACGCUGAGCCGCCGCAGUGAGACCCUCAACACAUUCUGCGGCUCUCCGCCUUACGCCGCGCCUGAGCUCUUUCGGGAUGAGCAUUAUGUCGGCAUCUUUGUAGACAUCUGGGCCCUGGGGGUGAUGCUGUUCUUUAUGGUGACGGGCACCAUGCCGUUCAGGGCGGACACUGUGGCCAAACUGAAGCGAUGCAUCCUGGAGGGGGCCUACGUCCUGCCCUCGUGGGUGCCGGAGGCAUGCCAGAGGCUGAUCAGGGGAAUCCUCCAGCCGAUACCAUCGGACCGCUGCACGGUGGAGCAGAUGAUGGGCUGCGAGUGGCUGCUGCCUGUGGACUUCCCGCGUGCCAUGGAGCCCUUUAAACUAGACCCAUCCUACCUAGCGGAGAGCGAACCAUCUGAACUCGGGGAGGAAGAGAUGGAGGUAAAGGCAGCACUGGAGACACUAGGAAUCACCUCAGAACACAUCCUUAACAACCAGGGGAAAGACUGCAGGAGCUCCAUCACAGGGGUCUAUAGGAUCCUGCUGCACCGCGCUCACAAGAGACGGGCUGUCGAGAGUCUGCCUGCGGUCACAAAGGUAGCCGGACCAACGACAUCGAGUAAAAAGGAACGACUAAAAGUGUACCGCAGUUUAAGGCACACAUCUAAACUCUGUGUGAUUCUGUGA